AACUGUGGAGUCCGCUGCAGCUCGGGCGAACCGACGGUGCAACAGCGAGGAUCCGAAACCCGGUUGCAAACUUUGCGCGCAACGGCGUGAGCCCUGCGUCUCCGUCCGUUUGUCCGGUUAAAAGUGCACCUCCUCGGUUUGGUGAGGCGGACCGGUGCGGGGCUGCUCGGUCCGGCGGAGGGAAUCACACCUGCUUGGUGGUGGGGAGGGGGCAGGUCCGCGUGGCUCGUGCUGCUCGGGUCUGCCAUGCUGUUUGGGCUGACGGGUGAGGGGCAAUCGGUUCUCCAGUCAUGACCUCUGGGAACGAGAACACUGACGGCAGCCAACGCGAUGGAGAGAGCAAACCGGCUCAGGCCCUGGUGAAGACCCACAUACUCACCCAUCUGAUAGAGGGCUUCGUCAUCCAGGAGGGCGCCGAGCCGUUCCCCGUGGAGCGUCCAUCAUUCUCAAUAGAGACCCUAAGGAGACACACGACCGACUCAAAGAUGGACGGCCUUUCGCUAAAAGAGUUAAAGGCCCAGCAGGAGCCCAUGCUGACAUGUGAGCUGUGCGGGAGGGUGGAUUUUGCCUACAUUUUCAAAAGGUCCAAGAGGUUCUGUUCCACGGUGUGCGCUAAACGCUACAACGUGGGAUGCACGAAAAGGGUGGGUCUCUUCCCAAACCGCAAAACCACCCUGGAGAACAUGAAGAAACAAAGAGCAAUGAAGGGGAAUCAGAAAAAUGCCUCUUUAGAGUCUGAAAUGAAGCUCUCUCAGGCUCCCCUCUCGGUGCAGAAGCUCGCAGUAGCUCUGUCCACCGGUCACUCAGUCCAGCCUGAACGGGAAGAGUCCAGUCAAUGUUCGGACCUGUCAGACUACAAAAUCCCCGCGUCUCCCCAGGCAGCUGCCCAGCGCGGGGCUACGCUGCAGGACUCUGAGCUGCCCCUGCAGCCCCACGACUUCCUGCUGAGUGACCCCGGCCAGUGGAACAUACAGGACGUGUACGCCUUCAUCUCCUCUCUGCCAGGUUGUCUGGAGAUCGCUGAGGAGUUCCGCUCUCAGGAGAUCGACGGACAGGCCUUGCUCCUGCUGAAGGAGGACCACCUCAUGGGAGCCAUGAACAUCAAACUGGGCCCCGCGCUGAAGAUCUUCGCUCAGAUCGCCAUGCUCAAAGACUGUUAGCGCGUUUGUCAAAGCGCACACACACACUCGUUGAGACGCUGCUGGACACACGCUGAGUUCAGGUUCCUGCUGAUCUAGAAAGGACAUAAAUCACAGCGUCGCCCUGGAGCUGUUUUUGGGAAAACGUCGCCCUGUGGUUGAACCGGGAUGUGUUUGGUUAAGAAUAUAUUUAGUUGUCUUAGUGCGUUCCAGUUAAUGCAUUUCUACUGGAGACGUUUAAGUCCACUAGAGCAGGGUCAGUCCCUGUAGACCCUCGUAUUUAAAUGUUUGUCUUUACAGCAGAAAUAAACGUGAUUAGAGGCAGAUGCAGAGAACGCAGAGUACACUGGAUGACACCAUGUGUUGUUUUUUUCAUUUUUACUGAUGGUGCAGAUGGUCUAAGUCCAGAUUUAUGUCACUGAGCGGCUCAAAGCUUGAUUCAGGAGAAAAUUGGUAAAUAGGAACAAUUGGGG